AUUGACACAUUGACACAAAUGAUGUGCUUCUGCAUGCUUCAGUAGUGGACUUCCUCAUAAGGGGCUAUGGUCCCUGCCAGGGGCGGACUGACAUCUCAUAGGGCCCCCGGGCAAUAGGGGAUCAUGGGGCCCCUGUGUCCUUGCCCAAACUCAAAAAAAGCCUACAAAAAAGGUACCAGGGGCAUCUCAUGGGGCCCCCUACUGACCCCGGGCCCUCGGGCAGUGCCCGAUUUUCCAAAUGGUCAGUCCGCCCCUGGU